AUGGAUCCUAUAAAGCGCCAGCCCUCUCGACCUGAGCCUUUAUGGCGCGACGGAACGCCAGAUUGGGCCGCUUUGGAAAGAACAUCUCGUCCUUCUGCGCCGUCUUCUAGACCCCAGCCCGGUCCACCGGUCUUCCAAAAUCCGUGGUUGACUUACGAGGCGAUCGUGGUGAUCGCCGAUGAGCCUGUCGCCGAACCUGCCACCGAAGAGCCUGCCACCGAAGAUCCUGUCGCCGAUGAGCCUGCCACCAAACCUGCCACCGAAGAGCCUGUCGAGGAAUGGAUUAUUCCCGACGCAUCUUCUGUGGAAGGUUGGCCUAAUGCUCACUUACAUCCACAUGGGGUUCCAGCAACCGAAAAUUUAUCCAGUGCUUCGGAAGCUUUCAUUGAAGCUCAGCCUAUACAGAAUUCUUAUAUUAAGAUAUCGGUUGCGGACUUAGCUUUGUAUGCCGAUUGGGGAAAAUUCCGUGGCCAGAUGAGAGCUAAAAAAAAGAGACGAGCUUGCGAGAAGGGGUCUUCCAAUUCCAAGCUGGGAUGGCGUCGUUAA